AAGAGCCUGUCUCGCAAAGGUUCGUGGAUGAGCAGUCUUAGCAGCAAGUUCUCCUCGACCUCGGAAUUGGCCAGCUCGCCAAAUGUGCCAUCGCCUGCCGCCAAUGCCAAUGGUACCACAAGGCUGGACGGAGCACAGGAAGAGGCCGAGCCAUAUGUGCCGUCCACACCCAAAGGAUCAUCAUUCUUCUCAAGCUUGACACGGAAAUUGUCAGCUGGCCAGUCAGGUACUGUCCCCAGGGCGAACACAAAAACCGGCGUAUGUCAACGCCGAGUGCUCAAUGUGGAUCCGAAUCGGCAACGCUGUCUGGUGCAAGAGCUAGAUGUCAGCAGAUUGAGGAAAGUUUCGUUUUGUGUCGAUGUGGAGAUCGCAGGCGGUCCGAGGUACAAAGACGAUGAUGAGGAUGACCAAGAGCGGAAGAGAAAGAAGAAGGACGUUCGAGUAAAGGAACGGGCAGAGGGCGAAGCUCUCAAAAAUCCCGAAGCUGCGCAAGAUGAAGCUGAUGAAGCGAAGCUCGCGAGCAAGAGCAAGCCUUUACCCAUACCCAAGGAGGAGACCACCGGAGACUCACGCAAUAGCCCUCGAGAGGAGAGUGUCAGUCCUCCCGUCGGUAAUGUCGGCAGCGUCGAAGGGCAUGCCGGAAGCGACAAGAAGAGGGAGAAGAAGAAGCGAUCCGAGGAGGAGAGGAAGGAGCGGAAGGAGAAGCGAAGGAGAAGGGCAGAGGAAAAUGGAACGAUACCGGUGGAAUUACCUAUGGACGGUGAGAGUCCACUACCUGAGAUGAGCUCGAGCAUGACAUCCGCUUCCCUACCGACCACGCAUGGUGAGCCUGUAAAUACAAAGACUCCUCCGAAGCGAGACAGGCCCACGACGGAUCCUGUGCGAAUCUAUCGAAGGUGCUGUCAACUCAGAGAAACUCCGAUCCUCAAGCGCAUAACGGAGCAGCUAAUGUCCCCAACAUGCUGUGUACCAGAGCAGCCCGGCACGGUCUUUUGCCUCGACUUGAACGGAUCCAGGCUACAGCUGGCCGACAUGGUCACGCUCGGUGACUGGUUAGCAGUGGUCCCGGUCAAGAAGCUGCUUCUUGAUGAUGCAGAUCUCAGUGACGAAGGCCUUCGUUGCAUACUCGCUGGACUCCUCGCAGCAAAGAGGCCUGAACCCAUGAAGCGAAGGAGUACAUCACCAAAGCACCGAGAAGCCGUGCCAGUCAAGCACCGUGAAGAACGCAGUGGAGUCGUCGAAAAACUCAGUUUGAAGAACAACUCGCGAAUAACACGAAUCGGGUGGAAGCACAUCAGCCUGUUCUUAUGCAUGUGCAGCUCCAUCAAGGCUAUCGACUUGUCUAUGAUACAAUUCCCGGAAACCUUGCCACCGAGCGCACAAGCUUCUGCCGUCAAGCCUCUGCAGAACAGCCCCAACGGCUCAGACCAGGACAUGGACGCUGCCGAGAUCCUAUUCAAAUGUCUCAGUCAACGUCUGGGAGGAAACAAAUUGGAGGAGCUCCUGGUGUCUCAAUGCGGCAUGACCGCUUCUCAGAUACGCAAAGUGGUGGACGGGGCAGUCUUAUGUGGCAUCAGUCGUCUUGGACUGGCCGGCAAUCAGUUGGAUGACGAAGGUCUUGAUGCGGUAUUACACUAUUUGAAGUCAGGUGUCUGCCACGCUUUAGACAUCGGUGGUAAUGACCUUCGCGAUAAGAUCGAUCAGGUCGCCGAAGCACUGGAAAGCAAACCUGGAACAUGGGGCCUGAGCCUGGCUGACUGCAACCUCGAUACCGAGUCGAUCCGGCCAUUGUUCCCCGUCCUGGCGAAGCUUCCUGGUUUUAGAUUCAUCGAUUUGAGUCACAAUCCUGACCUUUGCAGCAAGGACAAUGGAACGAUAUCGCUUCUACGGCGCUACCUUGGACAAAUGAAGGAUCUCAAGAGAAUGCAUCUGUCGGAUGUUGGGAUGAGCCCGAAGCAAGCAAUCGCACUUGCCGACGUCCUGCCAGAAGCUCCUCAGCUAGCACAUUUCGCUAUCAUGGACAACCCGCAACUGUCUGCCCUGGCCAGCGCUAAGGACGAAGAAAGCCAGGAGGAGGCGUGUGCACUAUUUGCAAGCUAUAUGGCAGCGGUCCGGGUCUCGAGCACUUUGAUGUGUAUCGACAUCGAUGUUCCAAGCGCAGACAAUUCUGAAAUUGUUAAAGCACUGGCAAAACAAGUGGUUGCGUAUUCAUUGCGUAACAUGGAACGGGUUGCGCUGGCCGACAUCACUGGCAUGCCAUCCGCAGCGGCUACAGCAGAUGCAGCUGCGUCGAUUACGCAGGCCCAUGGUGGCGAGCAACAGGUGAAGGAGAUUGCCGUUCCAGAUGUACUAAUGCACCUUGUUGGCCAUGUGGAGGGCAGCUCCGAGAGUCACGACAACGACGAGCCCGCGCCGGACGACGAUUACAUCGUUGGUGGAACUGGAGUCGUGAAAGCCCUUCAGUACGUGUUGGGAGAAAAGGCUGAUGAUCUUCGACGUGGCAGUGGAACCGCCUCGCCGACGGGUGGCAAAUCUGCGCAGGGGAGACAAGACGGUUCUGCGGCUCUCGAGACGGAGCAGCAAGGCAAGGCGAAGAAGAUGAGCAAGAAUUUGCUCGACUCUGCGAGAAAGAUUCGAGCUCGACUACAGCCGGCGCUUCGAAAGGAGGCUACUACCGGCGACGAAAUGGCUUACCGACGCCUCGUCUUCCUUGAUCAAACCCUGCAGAGUAUGAUACAGCGCUUCGAGGAGGAAUAUCCCGAGACGCGCGUGGCCCCUCCAUCACCCAAGCGAUUGUCGCAGGCUUCAUACGACACAGAGCCAGUCGCCCCACUUUCGAUCAUGACUCAAAGCACAGAACCCGCCCAAAAGUCCGACGACGAAGACGAGCUCGACGACGGCGUCAAACCGGCCUUCUCGCGUCACAAUAGCGAUGUGUCACUCGCAUCUCGUGCAUUGGCAAUUGAAGAAGGCCACCUCCAUCGUCUAGGUCAACGUAUGCGCCGCUCUGUCGUGGAUUCUCCUCUUGCGAUUGCUGCAGAUGACGACUCGUUGGCUUGGAAAGCCCAGGAAGAGGCAAGGUUGGAGUCGGUCAAAAUGCGAAUCGAGUCCAUCACCGGGCCUGAGCUGAAGCAGCUUGUCGAGCAGGACGGCUGGGACGUCGUGCUGGAGAAACUUGGCGCCAAUAUGAAUGAUCUGAGGGCGCUGCAAGAACAAGAUCCGAAUUCUUGGGAGGAAUUCAAGGAAGCCCAGCUGAAAGCGAAGAUGAAUGUUGCACAGGAUGCGCGAUAG